CUCUCUCUUCGCACCAUUUCCUUGCUCCGUCGUCGUUUCCCAAACGCAGCACAGCACAACAAACCGAGACUCAUAUCUCUUUCUCUUUCUAAACCCUACAAAGUGUCUCUCUUGUAUCCGUUUCUUUUCUGGCUUUCUCUGUGUGCCAAAGACACGAAGCUCGGCAGCCAUGAAAGCACCAGAAAUCCACCCUAUUAGCGUCUCCGAGGACCUCCUCUCGUCCCUCCUAGACAGUAUCCCACACGCAGAGGCCUUCAAAGGGAAAUGGUCUCUGAUCAGAGCUAAGCUCACCGAGCUCCAAGCCCAGCUCACGGAGUUCGCCGAGUUCCCCAACUCCUCCUCUGCCAACACUCUCUCCCUCGACCUGCUUCACUCCAUUUCCCACACCCUGAACGACGCCGUCUCGCUCUGCGGCAAGUGUCAGACCCGUGAUUGCUUAGAAGGCAAGCUCAAGACCCAGAGCGACAUUGACUCUGUCCUGGCCAAGCUCGAUCGCCACGUCAAGGACGGCGAGAUUUUGAUCAGGAGCGGGGUUCUCCAAGACGGCGGCGUUCCGGGUUCGAGCUCGUCCUCGUCGAAGAGAGAGACCGUGAGAGCUGAGUCGAGGAAUCUGAUAACCCGGUUGCAGAUUGGGACCGCAGAUUCGAAGAGCUCGGCGAUGGACUCGUUGCUGAGGCUUCUCGAAGCGGACGAUAAGAACGUGAUGAUCGCUGUGGCGCAGGGAAUGGUCCCCGUGCUCGUCCGCCUGCUCGAUUCGAGCUUCAUGGAGAUGAAAGAGAAGGCCGUCGUUGCGAUCUCGAGGAUUUCGAUGGUGGACAGUAGCAAGCCCGUACUGAUGGCCGAGGGUUUGUUGCUUUUGAAUCAGUUGCUUCGAGUUUUGGAUUCGGGAAGUGGGUUCGCGAAGGAACAAGCUUGUGUGGCUCUCCAAGCGCUGACCUUUUCGAAGGAGAAUGCGAGGGCGAUUGGGUCUCGAGGUGGGGUUUCGUCGCUAUUGGAGAUUUGUCAGGCCGGCACGCCCGGUUCUCAGGCUUUCGCAGCCGGAGUACUGAGAAAUCUCUCUGUGUUCAGCGAAAUCAGAGAGAAUUUCGUUGAGGAAAAUGGGGUUUUUGUUCUUCUGGGGCUUGCGAGUUCGGGGACUGUAUUAGCGCAAGAAAACGCAAUUGGGUGUUUGUGCAAUUUGGUUUCUGAUGAUGAAAGCUUGAAGCUUUUGUUUGUCAAGGAAGGUGGGGUUGAGUGCUUGAAGAAUUUCUGGGACUCGGCUCCUACCAUUCAGAGUCUCGAGGUCGCGGUGGACUUGUUGAGGCACUUAGCCUUGUGCCAACCAAUCGCCGAAGUUGUUGUUUCAGAUGGGUUUAUAGCCAGGGUUUUGGGCGUCUUGAAUUGUGGCGUAUUGGGGGUGAGAGUUGCGGCGGCUCGUGCUGUUUACGAGCUGGGGUUCAGCACAAGAACCCGAAAGGAGAUUGGUGAAUGCGGGGGCGUUGGUCAUUUGAUCAAGAUGUUGGAUGGUAAGGCCGUGGAAGAGAAAGAAGCGGCCGCCAAGGCUUUGUCGAUUUUGAUGUUGUAUGCGGGAAAUAGGAAGGUUUUCAAGAAGGAUGAGAGGGGGGUAGUGACUGCAGUCCAGCUUUUGGAUCCUUUGGUUCAGAAUUUGGAUAAGAAAUACCCUGUUUCCUUAUUGGCCACACUUGUACAUUCCAAGACAUGUAGGAAACAAAUGGUUGCUGCGGGUGCUUGUGUGUUCUUGCAGAAACUGGUUGAGAUGGAUGUUGAGGGGUCUAAGAAGCUAUUGGAAAGCCUUGGUCGUGGGAAGAUUUUGGGCGUGUUCUCCAGACCUUAGCAAUGGAAUGGAAGGUGGUCUGAAUUGGCGCCAAGCCAUGGUUAUAGGAACAUGAGGAUGAUUCGUUGAUCUGUAUGUACAAUAGUUUGUCUUUAUUUAUUUUCAAUUUAUUUUUUGUUUUUGUUUUUUCUUCUGUUUUUAUGUUCAUAAUCGAUGUUUAUUUGCGGCAGAAAUGUAGAUGUUGCUAGCUUAAUUGUUGAUGAAUACUUCUGUCUAGAGACAUGAUCUAGGCUUGGUCACCUAACUGGAUUGGAGUUAUUUGUUUUUUUUAACCCCAAAGCUCAAUAAAUAAUAUUGCUGUCUUAUAUGUGAACUCA